GCUUGGUUUAAUUAGAGUAAGAUCAACGAGAAGCCAUUGACUAGAGAUUUUAUUGAUGUAACAUGAAUAUACUGUUCAUUUCAGAAAAAAAAUUGAAUAUGUAUUUUUUUCUUAGUUUUGAGCUUCUCCUAGUCAAAUGUGACAAUUGACUUCCUGAAAACUUUACAGAAAAGAAUUUUGUUCAAGGAAAAAUUCAACAGACAAAAGUGGAAAAUGUCAAAACAGAUGAAAAUGUUAUUUUUAAUAUUAGUUCUUAAUAUGUCAGUCGUAGUUCAAGGAAAUGUACACAGGUUCAGAAGAGGUUUUCUUUCUCGUACGGGAAUAUGUCCUGAUCCAAGUCGCAACUUUCAGAAAAGAGAUCGCCGCUUGAAUUAUUUUGGCAACGUUAUUGUGAUGAAGAAAGGAAGUAACAAAGAAGUCACGUGUUUAGAAAGUGAAUGCAUAGAAGAUAGCCAUUGUGAUGCAGACAGAAAAUGUUGCAAAAAUCGUUGUGGUGGAAUGGUGUGUACACAAGCUGUACGAGAUCCUGACCCAUGUAAGAGUUUUUCAUGUCCACCACAACAAACAUGUAAAAUACAACGAGUCAAGUGCAUUAUGCCCAAAUGUCACGAUACGUACGCUCUAAACAGACCAAAAUGUGUACCAGAAGAGGAAGCCACAGUUCUUCAAAAUGAUGACGACAGAUUAAAACCAGUACCAAGAAAAUCGCCAAUAUCUAUUGGAGACAAAACAACUGCACAAUGGAAAAACAAGGCCAAUCAAUACAGAAAAACUGGUAAUUAUAAACAACCAUGGAAAAACAUGGCCAAUCAAUACGCAACAACAGGAAAUGAUCAGCAACCAUGGCAAAACAUGGCCAAUCAAUACGCAACAACAGGAAAUGAUCAGCAACCAUGGCAAAACAUGGCCAAUCAAUAUGCAACAACAGGAAAUGAUCAGCAACCAUGGAAAAACAUGGCCAACCAAUACGCAACAACAGGAAAUGAUCAGCAACCAUGGCAAAACAUGGCCAACCAAUAUGCAACAACAGGAAAUGAUCAGCAACCAUGGCAAAACAUGGCCAAUCAAUACGCACCAACAGGAAAUGAUCAGCAACCAUGGCAAAACAUGGCCAAUCAACAUCCAUUACCAAGCUAUGACCAACCUAACUUCAGUAAUUAUGCAUCCUCGCCAUCACCAUCACAUUAUAUGUAUGGAUAUCAACAAAAUACAAACAUAAAUGGACAAAAACAAAAUUGGCAACAGAAUAAUUAUCAACAGGGUUAAAGGUGCAGACUAUAGCUACAACAAAAGAAUUCAUCCCCAAAUGACACCGAUAACAUCAAACAAAGAGAAUCGUUGUAAUAUAAAUAGUUAUUUAAGUCCAAACCCUAGCACAAUUAAUGCACGACGCAAUCUGUUUUGUAAUUCAACCGCUUCUAGAUGGCUAAGUGGUCCAUCACUUCGAGAAUAAGUCAUUCGAUAGUUAAAACUUACGCGAUGUCCCUCCUCAUCGUGAUAUAUUUCAAUCAUUUUUACACUACGAAGACAAUUCUCAGAUAAUGCAACUGCACUGAUGAGAAAUAACGUUUGGGAUAUUGAGUCGCAUAUCCAAAAACUAAUAUCGUGAAUGUAUUCAGGGGGAUGGAGGUUUCUUGGAAGUGGAGCAAGAUUACCAUUCACAUCUUCUAUCUAUGAAACAAACAGUAAUUAUUAAUAUAGAUGCAACAGAUGGGUAAGCAUAGAGUAACGAACUUUUUACUGCAAAUUAUGUACAUGUCAACAAAAACGUUAAACAUUUUUAAAGACAAUCACAAAUCUUGCUUGAAAUCCUAGUAUUAAGUGGUGAAGAAGCUAACUAACUAGUAGUUGUCAAUAAAGUUCUGAAAAACGA